GCGGCGCUAGCACCUCGGAAGAGGGCGGCCGCAGCGAGCGGAGAGCAGCGCCGGGACCGGCCUGGGGGUGGGGAGGCGAGCCCCGGCCGAGGCGCGGGCCACCCCCGGUCCUCUGCCCUCGAGCCCCGCCAGGGCCAGGAGAUUUUUGACCAAUUUGAUUGCUGAGAAAAAAGUGUAUGACUGGAAGCCUUGAAUUCUAAUACCAGCCUUGCCAUUUAGUACUCCUACAGUCUUGACAGUGUGGUGGUUCCUGAGAGCAUCUGUCACUUCAGGCAUUACAAGAUGGAUGGGUCUCCAGUGAACUGCUGGUUGAAGCAAAUGGUGAAAAUAAGAAAAGACAAGGGGUUUCAGGGUCUGCCAAGAGGACAAACAAGGAAAUACUGUUAGAAAUCAAGAGUAAGCUGAGCAAUAGAGAAAGAGAGAGCAAAGAUGGAGCAUAUGUCAUUUUAUAAACAUCUUGGAAAUCAGAGUAUUUUGGUGGCUACCGUGAUGUGAGAGGGACAUCUGAAUCAUGGUGCACAAAAGCUUUAAAAAACUAAAAUCUAGGCAACAGGCUCCCUGAAGUGUUGGCAGCCCAACUUAAUCAUGAACGUGAUUCAAAAAUGUUAAUAAAUAAACCAAGACCAUGGGGAAUUCAUAUGCUGGGCAACUGAAAUCUGCUCAGUUUGAGGAAGCUCUCCACAACUCCAUAGAAGCCUCUCUCCGAUGUAGUAGUGUGGUACCACGGCCCAUUUUUUCUCAAUUAUACUUGGACCCUGACCAGCAUCCUUUCUCAUCUGCAGAUGUAAAACCCAAGGUGGAGGAUCUGGAUAAAGAUUUGGUACACCGCUACACGCAAAAUGGAAGCCUGGAUUUUUCUAACAAUCUAACAGUUAAUGAAAUGGAAGAUGAUGAAGAUGAUGAAGAAAUGUCCGACUCGAAUAGCCCACCAAUUCCCUACGCACAGAAACCCGCCCCAGAAGGAUCUUGCACUACUGACGGUUUUUGUCAAGCAGGAAAGGAUUUGCGUUUGGUAUCUCUGUGUAUGGAACAAAUUGACAUCCCAGCAGGAUUCCUCCUGGUGGGGGCCAAGUCUCCCAAUCUCCCUGAACACAUCCUAGUGUGUGCUGUAGACAAGCGAUUUCUGCCAGAUGAUCAUGGAAAAAAUGCACUUUUAGGGUUUUCUGGAAACUGUAUCGGCUGUGGAGAAAGAGGAUUUCGGUAUUUCACAGAAUUUUCCAACCACAUUAACUUGAAGCUCACCACCCAGCCAAAGAAGCAGAAGCACUUAAAGUACUACCUAGUCAGAAGCUCCCAGGGCGUACUGUCGAAGGGACCUCUUAUCUGCUGGAAAGAAUGUAGAAGCCGACAAUCCUCUGCGACUUGCCACUCUAUUAAACCAAACUCUUCAGUGUCAUCAACUGUGACCCCAGAAAAUGGCACAACUAAUGGAUACAAACCAGGAUUCAUUCAGACAGAUUCACCAAUUCUCAGUCCAGCUAAUUCUGCAAUCAAUUUAAGUGGAGCUCAGGACCUGACCCGGAAUAAGAAUGUUGUGAAGCCACUGGCUUUGUCUUUGCAGGUUGUAGGGAAGACUUUUGCUGCAGACGCUGCUAAUGGAAACAGUAGCCAUGGAGGGAAGAGCAGUGCAUCUAAUUCCACUCCAGCCCGCCCAGGGAAUUACUCUUUGUCACCAAGACCUAGCUAUGCAUCAGGAGACCAAGCUACCAUUUUCAUUUCUGGACCACCAAAGAAACGACACCGGGGAUGGUAUCCUGGGUCACCUGUCCCCCAACCUGGUUUAGUUGUCCCUGUUCCUACCAUUCGCCCUCUUUCAAGAAAUGAAUCCCUUUUAUCUGCUCCAGUUCCACAGACCCCAUUAACUGGAAUUUUACAACCUCGACCCAUUCCUGCAGGGGAAACUGUAAUUGUUCCUGAAAACCUGCUGACUAAUUCAGGAGUUAGACCAGUAAUUCUGAUAGGCUAUGGCACUUUACCCUAUUUCUAUGGAAAUGUUGGUGACAUUGUCGUGAGUCCUCUCCUGGUGAAUUGCUACAAGAUUCCGCAGUUGGAAAACAAAGAUUUGGAACAAUUAGGGUUGACUGGCAGCCAACUCCUGAGCGUGGAAAACAUGAUUCUUCUGACAAUACAGUAUCUUGUACGGCUGGGUCCUGAUCAGAUACCUCUCAGGGAAGAAUUUGAGCAAAUAAUGCUGAAAGCUAUGCAGGAAUUUACUCUGAGAGAGAGAGCCCUGCAGAUGGGUGCUCAGUGUACACCUGUAUCUCCAGGACAACUCCCCUGGCUGGCUAGAUUAAUUGCCAGCGUAUCUCAAGACUUGGUUCAUGUGAUUGUGACACAAAACUCUUUGGCAGAGGGCAUUUCAGAGACAUUGAGGACUCUCAGUGAAAUGAGACACUAUCAAAGGCUACCAGAUUAUGUUGUGGCAAUUUGUGCAUCAAAAGUCAGAGGAAGUGAAUUUUGUGUGGUAGUAUUAGGUCAGUAUCAGUCCAGAGCUCUGGCAGAGAGCAUGCUUACCACAAGUGAGUUUUUGAAAGAAAUCAGUUAUGAGCUCAUCACAGGAAAGGUCAGUUUCCUGGCAUCGCAUUUCAAAACUACAUCAUUAGGUGAUGACCUGGACAAGCUGCUCGAAAAAAUGCAACAAAGAAGAGGAGAUAGUGUGGUUACCCCUUUCAACGGAGACCUUAGUGAAUGUGUGUCAGCUCAGGAGGCUGCUGCUAUGAUUCCCACGCAAAACCUGGAUUUAGAUAAUGAAACCUUCCAAAUUUAUCAACCACAGCUAACAGUUGCCAGAAAGCUCUUAUCUCAGGUGUGUGCUAUAGCAGACAGCGGCAGCCAGAGCCUGGACCUUGGCCACUUCAGCAAAGUGGACUUCAUCAUCAUUGUCCCAAGAUCAGAGGUUCUGGUUCAGCAAACUCUUCAACGAAUUCGACAAUCAGGUGUCCUUGUAGACUUGGGUCUGGAAGAAAAUGGGACAGCUUACCAGAGAGCAGAGAAAUAUGUUGUUCGUCUAGAUAAUGAGAUUCAGACCAAGUUUGAAGUCUUCAUGAGAAGGGUGAAGCAGAACCCAUACACACUCUUCGUGCUGGUCCAUGACAACUCCCACGUGGAACUGACGAGUGUCAUUUCGGGCUCUUUGUCACAUGGUGAGCCCAGUCAUGGAUUGGCUGAUAGAGUCAUUAAUUGCAGAGAAGUUCUGGAAGCUUUCAACCUCCUGGUGCUCCAGGUCAGCUCCUUCCCGUACACGCUGCAGACCCAGCAGUCCCGGGUCAGCUACAGCAAUGAGGUCCACUGGAUGCAGCUGGACAGCAUGGACGACAUGAGCUGUGAGGAGAAGCUAUACUUUGGCUUGAAUGAGUACAGUAAGUCUCUACAAUGGGGAGUCACCAGCCCACUUCUGAGAUGUGAUGAGACUUUUGAAAAAAUGGUGACCACGCUCUUGGAGAGGUACCCCAGACUGCACAGCAUGGUCGUCCGCUGCUACCUUCUCGUCCAGCAGUACUCAGAGGCUCUCAUGGCUCUCACCACCGUGGCGUCACUCCGAGACCACAGCACACCGGAAACACUCAGCAUUAUGGACGACCUCAUCAGCUCCCCAGGAAAAAACAAAAGUGGGAAGGGACACAUGCUCAUUAUCAGGGUGCCCUCCGUGCAGCUGGCGAUGUUAGCCAAGGAGCGUCUGCAGGAGGUGCGCAACAAGCUGGGGCUACAGUACCGCUUUGAGAUCAUCCUUGGGAACCCUGCUUCUGAACUCAGUGUUGCAACUCACUUUGUGGCACGAUUAAAGACCUGGAGAGGAAGUGAACCAGAAGAGUGGAUCCCUCGGACAUACCAAGAUUUAGAAGGUCUGCCUUGUAUUGUGAUAUUAACUGGCAAAGAUCCUCUUGGAGAGACCUUUCCUAGGUCCUUGAAGUACUGUGACCUCCGGUUAAUUGACUCAAGCUAUUUAACACGCACGGCCUUGGAGCAGGAGGUGGGUCUGGCUUGCUGCUAUGUCUCAAAAGAGGUCAUCCGGGGUCCCACUGUUGCCCUGGACCUCAGCGGGAAGGAGCAGGAGAGAGCUACUGUCAGUGAGAACGACUCUGAGGAGCUGCUGAUCGACCUGGAAAGGCCCCAGAGCAACAGCAGCGCUGUCACAGGCACCUCGGGCUCCCUCAUGGAGAACGGGGUGAGCUCCUCCAGCGCGGCCGACAAGUCCCAGAAGCAGUCGGUGACCCUCAGCUUCCAGAGCCCGGCCAACAGCGUGGGGCUGGAUGAAGGGGUCUCGGCGGGCAUAGCGGGAGCUGGAGAGCCGCUGAAGCAGGAGUGUGACUCGCUGGGCCCCCAGAUGGCGAGCAGCACCACCUCCAAGCCUUCGUCGUCGUCCUCGGGCCCCCGGGCCCUCCUGUGGCCAGCACCGCCCGCCCCAGGCUGCAGGGGCCUGCAGGCCGCCCUGCCCCCAGUAGUGAUCUUAUCCAAGGCGGCCUACAGCCUCCUGGGCAACCAGAGGGGAGGCAAGCUGCCGACCUCCGCCUCCCUGCUGCCGCACUCCGACGUGGCCUGGACCAGCUCGCUGCGGCCGCUGCUGCACAAGGAGAUGAGCAGCGAGGAGCUGUCCCUCUACUACCGGCAGUGGACCACGGCCCGGCAGCACCAUGCCGACCACAGCCACCAGCCCGGCCCCUCCAGCGCCCGGGCCUGUCACCCGCGGCGGCUGCUGCUGACCGGGCCCCCCCAGGUAGGGAGCCUCUGGGGGUGGGGCGGCGACCCCGAGCGUCUAGGACCUCACGGCCUCUCAGGAGGAGACAGAGCUCAGUUCCUUAGGAUCCUCUUCCGCAUGCUCAUCCGGCUCCUGGAGGUGGACGUGUACGACGAGGGCGAGAUCAACACCGACCACAGCGGAAGCGGUGAAGUGAGCCAAUCAGAGGGAGAGCCCUGGCCUGACAUCGAGAGCUUCAGUAAAGUGCCUUUUGACGUCAGUGUGCAUGAUCCCAAGUACAGUUUGAUGAGCCUGGUAUAUACUGAGAAGCUGGCAGGGGUAAAGCAAGAAGCAAUAAAGGAACCCAGAUUCGAGGAGCCCAGGAAGCGAGACACCACAUCCAUGGUGCUGACCAAGCACGCAGCCUACAACACCUUCCACCACUGCGAGCAGUGCCGCCCUUACAUGGACUUCGCCUCUGCCUCCCAGAUGUCUGACUCCAGCCUUCAUGCCUUCACAUUCUCCUCCUCCAUGCUGGGUGAAGAGGUGCAACUCUAUUUCAUCAUUCCUAAAUCCAAAGAGAGUCAUUUUGUCUUCAGCAAGCAGGGCAAACACCUGGAGAGCAUGCGGCUGCCCCUGGUUUCAGACAAGCAGAAUUUGAAUGCAGUCAAGAGCCCUAUAUUCACUCCUUCCAGUGGUCGCCAUGAGCAUGGACUCCUAAACCUUUUUCACGCCAUGGAGGGCAUCAGCCACCUGCAUCUUCUGGUGGUCAAAGAAUAUGAGAUGCCGCUGUACCGCAAGUACUGGCCCAACCACAUCAUGCUGGUGCUCCCCGGCAUGUUCAAUAAUGCAGGCGUGGGUGCAGCCAGGUUUCUCAUUAAGGAGCUGUCAUAUCACAACCUGGAACUAGAGAGGAACCGCCUCGAAGAGCUGGGAGUUAAACGCCAGUGUGUCUGGCCAUUCAUUGUUGUGAUGGACGACUCGUGUGUCCUGUGGAACAUUCACAGUGUCCAAGAGCAGACCAGCCAGCCUGUGGAAGCAGCAGUCUCCAGUAAGAAUGUGUCCUUGAAGAGUGUUUUGCAGCACAUUGAAGCAACACCAAAAAUUGCCCACUAUGCAAUCCUGGGCAUACAGAAAUGGAGCAGCAAGCUGAGUUCUCAGAGCCUGAAGACCCCAUUCUCUAGGUGCCAUGUGCACGAUUUCAUCCUCCUUAACAUAGACUUGACUCAGAACGUACAGUAUGACUUCAACAGGUAUUUCUGCGAAGAUGUGGACUUUAACCUGAGAACAAACAGCAGCGGUCUGCUCAUCUGCCGCUUUAACAACUUCAGUCUCAUGAAGAAACAUGUUCAGGUUGGGGGGCAAAGGGACUUUAUCAUUAAACCAAAGAUCAUGGUGUCAGAGAGCUUAGCACCCAUCUUGCCCCUUCAGUAUGUCUGUGCUCCCGACAGUGAACACACACUACUGGCAGCCCCUGCACAGUUUCUCCUGGAGAAGUUCCUUCAGCACGCCUCAUACAAACUCUUCCCCAAAGCCAUCCAUAACUUCAAGAGUCCUGUGUUGGCCAUUGACUGCUACCUUAACAUUGGACCAGAGGUGGCCAUGUGCUAUGUCAGCUCCAGACCCCACUCCAGCAAUGUCAACUGUGAAGGCGUAUUUUUCAGUGGACUCCUCUUGUACCUCUGUGACUCCUUUGUAGGUGCUGAUCUUCUUAAGAAAUUUCAGUUUCUAAAAGGUGCUACCCUGUGCGUCAUCUGCCAAGACAGAAGCUCUUUACGCCAAACCAUCGUCCGCUUGGAGCUAGAGGAUGAGUGGCAGUUCCGCCUCCGGGACGAGUUUCAAACCGCUAACAGCAGUGAUGACAAGCCCCUCUACUUUCUGACUGGACGUCAUGUAUGA